AUAGGCACAGUCUGAGAAGAGGGGUGGGAAGGAGGAUAAAAAAGAUUUGCCCCAGCUCUCUGGAAGUUCACUAUUUUGGUGAAAAGAGGAGAGAGGGAGGCAUUACAGGAACAAACACAAAAACGGGAAACAAUGGCAAACUGUGCAGAGGGGCAGGUAAAUGUGCUGUGGAAUUGGAGGGGAAGGAGAGUUCAUUUCCUAGAGAAGUAGGUUUUGAAACACCGGUGAGGAAAAGGCUUUCUAGACAGCCACUGGAGAGGCGACACAUAAGUAGGAAAGUGCCUAUUGGUUUGCAGAACUGACACUAGAUCCUUGUGGUUCGUGGAAGUAGGAGGGUGUCCAAUGAGGAUUAAGACGAGAAAGGUUGGGCCAGGUUAUGGAGGCUACAAGUGCCUAUAAGAUAUGGAUAUGAUUUUGUGAAUAAAGUUUUCGAUUGGAGUGAUAUAACAACACUUAUGUUUUGAAGAAGGGGCUUCUGGCUGUGCAGGCACUUUACUUCACAGGUAUCUUUCAGAUGAAGGCAUUGAAGCUUGCACAAGUUCUCCUGACAAAGUCAAUGUAAAUGACAUCAUCCUGAUUGCUCUCAAUACAGACUUAAGAACAAUUGGCAAGAAAUUCCUCCCCAGUGACAUCAAUGGUGGAAAGGUAGAAAAGCUUGAAGGUCCAUGUGUUUUGCAAAUUCAAAAAAUUCGCAAUGUUGCUGCACCGAAGGACAACGAAGAAUCUCAGGCUGCACCAAGAAUGCUGCGUUUGCAGAUGACUGAUGGGCAUAUAAGUUGCACAGCUGUGGAAUUUAGUUAUAUGUCAAAAAUAAGCCUGAACACACCACCUGGAACUAAAGUGAAGCUCUCAGGCAUUGUGGAUAUAAAAAAUGGAUUCCUGCUCUUGAAUGACUCUAACACCACAGUUCUUGGUGGUGAAGUAGAACACCUUAUUGAGAAAUGGGAGUUACAAAGAAGCUUGUCAAAACACAGUAGAAGUAAUAUUGGAACUGAAGGUGGACCACCUCCUUUUGUGCCUUUUGGACAGAAGUGCAUAUCUCACGUCCAAGUGGAUAGUAGAGAACUUGACCGAAGAAAGACAUUGCAAGUUACAAUGCCUGUCAAACCGACAAAUGAUAAUGAUGAAUUUGAAAAGCAAAGAACUGCUGCUAUUGCAGAAGUUGCAAAGAGCAAAGAAACCAAGACAUUUGGAGGAGGUGGUGGUGGUGCUAGAAGUAAUCUCAACAUGAGUGCUGCUGGUAACCGAAAUAGAGAAAUUUUACAAAAAGAAAAGUCAACCAAAUCUGAGGGGAAACAUGAAGGCGUCUAUAGAGAACUGGUUGAUGAGAAGGCUCUGAAACACAUAACAGAAAUGGGCUUCAGUAAAGAAGCAUCGAGGCAAGCUCUUAUGGAUCAUGGCAACAACUUAGAAGCAGCACUGAAUGUACUUCUUAACAGCAAUAAACACAAACCUGUUACAGGACCACCUCUGAGAGGUAAAGGAAAAGGAAGGGGGCGAAUAAGAUCUGAAGAAGAAGAGGAACUGGGAAAUGCAAGACCUUCGGCACCAAGCACAUUAUUUGAUUUCCUGGAGUCUAAAAUGGGGACAUUGAGUGUGGAAGAACCUAAAUCACAGCCGCAGCAGCUUCAUCAGGGACAACACAGAUUGUCAAAUACUGAGCAAAAUGGAAUAAAAGAUAAUAAUCAACCAAGAUAUGUUCCUCGAAAUGAUACCAGACAGCCAAGAAAUGAGAAACCUCCUCGUUUUCAAAGAGACACCCAAAAUUCAAAGUCAAUUUUAGAAGGCAGUGGAUUACCUAGAAACAGAGGUUCUGAAAGACCAAGUACUUCUUCGGGAUCUGAUGUGUGGGCUGAAGAGAGAAUCAAGUGUGAUAGACUCUAUUCUAGAUAUGACAGAACUAAAGAUACUUCAUACCCUUUAAGUUCUCAGCACAAUGAUGGUGCUUUUAAAAAAAGGGAUAACUCUAUGCAAAGCAGAUCAGGAAAAGGUCCAUCCUAUGCAGAGGCAAAAGAAAAUCCACUUCCUCAAGAAUCCACUGAUUAUAAUAAUCAAAAACGUGGGAAAAGAGAAAACCAAACAACAAAUCCUGAUCAUUUUUACGACAGGAAACCACGAACAAUAAAUAAUGAAACUUUCAGUGGUGUAAAAAUUGAAAAACAUUUUAACAUAAAUACUGAUUUCCAGAAUCCUGUCCGAACUAAUAGUUUCAUUGGUGUUCCAAAUGGAGAGACAGACGUGCCACUAAAGGGCAGGCGAAUAGGACCUAUUAAGCCAGCAGGACCCAUCACAGCUACACCCUAUGAUGAUAAAGUAUUUUACAAUAGUGGGCCCAAAAGAAGAUCUGGGCCAAUUAAACCAGAAAAAAUACUAGAAUCAUCUAUUCCUAUGGAGUAUGCAAAAUUGUGGAAACCUGGAGAUGAAUGUUUUGCACUUUAUUGGGAAGACAACAAGUUUUACCGAGCAGAAGUUGAAGCUCUCCAUUCUUCAGGUAUGACAGCGGUUGUUAAAUUCAUUGAUUAUGGAAACUAUGAAGAGGUGCUACUAAGCAACAUCAGGCCCAUUCAGACAGAGGCAUGGCUCCAGGGGAGCUGGAAAUGCACAGGAGGAAUCAGAAGACCUGGGUCGAGUCCCGGCUCUGCCACUUACUACCUAUGUGACUCUGGGAGGAAGAAGGCACCUAUGACCAAACGCUUGAGUUCCGUAGAGGAGGUGAUGGCCAGCCAAGAAGAUCCACUCGGCCCACGCAGCAGUUUUACCAACCUCCCCGGGCCCGGAACUAAUAUGAGAAGAGCCUUUGUGAAGAAAGGAGCCAUUGACUGAAACAUCCUGGUGAAGCCCUGUUGAUAGACCUCCUACUUUCCCUUCAGAAUAAGGUGCAGCCGUGAUGAAUAUUGUUAUUGAAGAAUGGAAAAGCAGAUUUUAGAGGGGAAACAAUCCAGCUCAUACAAAGAAUGGGAAAAAAUACUAAGUUAACUAGAGCAAGUACCUUUUACAAGUGAAUGAGAAUUUUUUUCUUCUGCCAUCAAUAAAACCAAUGCGCUGUUAUAUA